UUCCCGGCUCUGAGUUCCUCUGCCCAAAAAAAACAAGAAAAUAAAUAUAUAUAUAUUUAUAAAUUCCCGGCCAGGGCCGGCCUCUCGUUUUCACACACCCAAGUCCCAAAAAGUCUCUUUACUGUGUCACUCUCACAUUCAAAUGAGUUUCAAGCAGAAAAUGCCAACUUGGGUUUUGCGCCACAGAGUAAAAGACUUAAACUUUUGAGAACCUUUGAGAACAUCAUGGCUUUCAUCGGAGGUAAUACUUGCUGAAAGCUGAAACGUCGUCGUUGGAGUAAGGGGGGUUUUGCUCUAUAUCUGCAACAUGUGUGUUUAGCUUGAACUGUUUGUGGAUCCGAAAGUCCAAGGUUGACUCGCUGUCUCUCACUCCCUCUGGGGUUUGCUUUGUAUUGUGUUUGUUUGUGCUCAAACGUGAUAGUGUGUUUCUUGGGUGAGAAGCUUACACUCACUGUUUCAUAGUAUGCAAUCGUGGGUUUUAAGGUACCUUCUUGUUUCUGUACUGAACCUUGAUGCUUAAGCCACUUGGUGCCCAAAGGUUUAAUCUUUGGCUAAUUUCCUUCUUUUCGGCUAUAUUGUGUUGGUAUAAACUAUAAAGGCGUGUGCUUUAAUUAGUUUCAUAUCAUCUUGCUACUAUUUUCGAACCUCUUGAAGCUGAAGUUUGACCAUGGGCAGCCUUUGAUUCUGUAGUUAUCAAAGGGGUUUAAGCAUAAAGCCAAGGGCUUUAGUUAGUUUGAAUUUAUGUUCCUUCUUUUGAGCUAGAGCUGUUAUUCUCUGAAGUUGUUUAAUUAAUCCUAAUAAAGCUAAAAACUCUAGUUUCAUUUCUUUGGUAUAGUGUGUUCCCUGCCACUACCACAAGAUAUUUAAGGCACAUUACCGGGAAUCCCGGUUCUUCUUGGGGCAAUUUCUGGGUACUAUUAAGAUUUUGUACCUCACUUUCUUUAUAUAUUAAUUUUAAUUUAGAUUUUGGAAUCUACACCUUGUGGAACUUAGAAGCGCAUUAAAUUAGAUCUCUAUCAAUUUUAGGGUGUUUGAUCUUUAAGCAAUGGAACAUGCCGCCACUAAACCCUCUAAACCCUCCUCAAACAUAUCAGAAAUUGUCUCCAAAUUCGCGAAAGUUUGUAAGUUGAGAUCCAUUGGUGUCUUCCCCUCUGAAAACACUAAUCAUCACCACCGCCACCGUCACCAUCAUUCUUACCGUGACCCCAAUGACAAUACUCCCCCAUUGGGUGAGGAUAGCAGCGAUGCAACUGAGGAGACAGAGUGUGACAAUGAGAAAAUUCAUCCUCAGCCCGUUGAAGUUUUGAGCAGAAGCAAUGUGUAUGGUGACAGGGAGAUUAUGAAGUUAUUUGACGUAGUUUCGGCACUGAAAUUGGCUUAUGUUCAGCUUCAGGAAGCUCAUAUUCCCUACAACCCAGAUAAGAUUAUAGCUGCUGAUGAACUUGUUGUGGCUCGGCUUGAAGCACUCUGCAAGAUCAAGCGUGCAUGUAAGGAGAGGCAAUUCACAAACAAGGCAAAGUUUGAUUCCUCUGCAAGCAGUCACUUGCGAAAGGAAAUUCAAUUUAGUGGGAUGUUGUUGGAAGAAUUGAAGUCCCAAGUCAAAUCUAAAAACUCUGAGAUUCUUCGUCUGCGACAAGAGCUUCAGGAUUUGGAGUUGGGGAACAUGGGAAUGGUCGAGAAGAUGAGGCAGCUAAGUCUGGAGAAGAAGAAUGCAAGUGUUUUGGGCAUUACUACACUCGAAGACGCUUUCGAAGCUGCUUCGAGGUCCAUCCAUGAUUUUGCAAAGCCAUUAAUUAGCUUGAUGAAAGCUUCAGGUUGGGAUUUAGAUCUGGCAGCAAAAUCGAUUGAAGAUGUAGUUGUUUAUUCCAAAAGGCCCCACAAGAAGUAUGUGUUUGAGGCCUACAUAGCGAGGAGAAUGUUUUAUGGGUUUGCAUCUAAAUGCUAUAAUGUGGAAGUUGUUAUGAGGUUUGAUGAUCCAAUUGAUGCUCUGGCAGAAUAUCCAAAUUCAGAUUUUGCCAAAUUUUGUGCAGAAAAGUAUCUAUUAGUUGUUCAUCCAAUGCUGGAAGCAUCAUUCUUUGGGAAUCUUGAUCACAGGACAUUUGUGCUGAGUGGCAAGCAUCCCCGGACACCGUUCUACCAAAUAUUUGCAAAGAUGGCAAAGUGGAUCUGGGUUUUACAAGGCAUUGCAGCCUCAAUAGAUCCCAAAGCAAAAGCAUUUACUGUCCACAGAGGUAGCAAAUUCUCUGAUACUUAUAUGGAAUCUGUCGAGGAGCCUAUGGAACGUGCAGCUGUGGAUGAAGAACAAGCUACACUUAAAGUCGAGCUUAUGGUCAUGCCUGGAUUCAAAAUUGGAGAGACAUUGUUGAAGUCUCGGGUGUAUCUCUCAGGUCUGAAAUCAUGACUUGGUACUUGUGAUCGAGGUUCUUGUACUAACUGGAACCCAUGACAGAGAAAGACAGGGAGGAGGAAAAUCCGAAGAGACAAAGAAAAAAGAAAAGAAAAGAAAGAAAAAGAA